UAGAUUUCUACGGUUAGUGGUCCGUGACACCCUCCGUGCGGGAGCGAUGGUUAAACACAAAUCAAAGUGGUUUUUAAUAAGUUACCUGAGUAAUAACCAUUCGAAGUCCGGCAAAUGCGUGCUGUGGCCAGUCAUAUAGAUCUCCAAUAGUCGUCACGUCAACAUGGCGCGCCGUCCAGAGACCGUGCAAUUUUUGGCUGUCAUCGUGAUCGUCGUACAACAUUUGACUCAUUUGGUCGAAUGCGAAGAUAAAAGAGUCGUUAUUUUCAUGCCCCGUCGGAUCAAGACGGUGCACCAUCACCAUCACCACGUGGUGCUGAUGGACCCAAAGACGAAAACGAUGAGGCACACAAAACCAUACUUAGAUAAGUCGUUGUCGUCGUCGAUCACGUCCUCGUCUGCCGAGGUAGACUACCAGCAGCAACGGGACCGCCAUCGUCAUUAUCAACGCCAACGACAGCAGCAGCAGCAACAGCAGUAACAGCAGCAAUCUGAGGAAGCCGAAAGUCAUCCUCUGUCAUACUUCCACCAGCGAACAACGGUGAGGACCGGUGACCCGAACACUGUGCAGUAUCCUGUAUCGCAAAUGCAACCUGCAGUGAUGCAAUUGCAGCCUUUUCAGACGUACUCAAGUUGGCCACCCAGGCAGAAGAGGUCCAAAGUCAUUGCCAGACUGCUGUACACCCAUGAUGAUUGAAUCCGUUUCGUCGUAUUGAAAAUGUAUUUAUUUUCCACAAUCAUCGUCCGUUUCAUUUAAAGCACAACGACCCCUGCUGCAUUUAAUUUCAAAUUUUCACGGUUGUAUACCAUAAUAAUAAUAUAUUAUUCCUUUAGUGUGCAUUUAGGUAGGGUAUAGAUCGGGGGUGCUAUGGCGUCAAAUCAUUAACGGAUAUUAUAAUAUUUAUAUUUAGAGCAAACAAUGUUAAAUAAUAUAAAACUCGAUAAUAGUAUUUCGUUUCUUUCGAAAACUCGGUAAUGUCUCACAACAUUCAAUUUUCAAGGCACUUGAUGUGUAUGAUUACCAUUCCACACUAACCUCAUAAAAGUUGUUUUAAGUACGUAUAGAUCGAUGUCUGGCAAUUUGUUAAAUAUCUACAAUAGAUUGAGUAUUCCCAAUAGCAAUGUUUUUUUAAAAUUAUUCUCGACUAUCGCCAUUGGGUUAAUAUAAUAAUAACAUUUGUAGUAAUAUAAAACAUUAAAACAUUUGAUAAUUUUUCAAAAAGUCAAAAUAACAGGUCUAUAUUAUAAUAAUAUUGGCUUUAUGGAGUCGAUACCACAUUACCAUUGCAUAUUAAAUUAAUACCAGAAAAUAUAAUAUAAUGCCCAUAAAUAUAUCUAGGUUCUAUUAUAUUGUAAUACUAAUGUAUAAUCAUGUUACAAAAGU